UAUCCUCAGAGGGUUGCCCAAGUGAUUGAAGAUCAGGUUGAACCACCAGAUUUCACAUGAGCACAUGAUGAAACACUGUCACUAAAUGGCAGAUCAUGAAAUCUGUGUGUGACUGGAUGUAAUCCAAGGUCAGAUAGACUGUCAGAUAAUUCCUGCUCUGUCCUCAGACUGUCUCUGUCGCUUAAUACAGCAUAGCAGUCCCUCAAACAUAUUCACACAUACACUCAGACAUGCACCCACAUUCAUACAUUCAGAAUCAUGCUCUCACUAUAAACAUACACAUUCACACAUACAGAAUCAUGCUCUCACACAUACACACACUCACACAUCCAAACAUACAGCCUGCCCUCCCCAAAUGAGUUUGGCAGGUCUAAGAAUAGCCCUCUCCUUCAAGCUUGCUGAGUAUCAGGUUGUAUCUAACCAGAAGGCUGAGUAUCGUCCUUCUGCCGACUGACUGCACUGUGGCUCUGCAGCCAACAGGAACUUGUCUCUGGCUCGCCUGUUGUUGAGUAGUGUUGACCCCGUGGGAGUUUUCUGAUCCUUCUUCUGCCCCAAUGGAGGAAGUUGGAGCCCAAGAGGUGUCGGCGGUAGAGGAGGUAGCAGAGGUGAAGCGAGUGCCAGUGGAGAGUAACAAUGGCAGGAAGCCUGAGGGAGGAGGACCCAGGAACUCUGUGUUCACCUGGUUUAUGGUACUAGCUCUGCUGGGGGUGUGGAGCUCUGUGGCCGUGGUCUGGUUUGGCCUGGUGGACUACGACUCUGUCAUAGCCAGGGCAAGACAGUUCAGAGGGAACUUCUCUGAGGUUCUACAAGGUAAACUGCGGGCGUACGAUGCAGACAGAGAUGGGGACUUUGACGUUGAGGACGCCAAAGUUCUUCUCGGCCUGGCCAGAGAGGGCACCUCUGGUGACAGCACUGAGUCACUAGAGGAAGUGCUUGAUAUUUUAGCGGAAGAGGGUUCCGAUUGGUUUUAUGGCUUCUUCACGUUUCUGUUUGACGUGGUGACAUCGCCAGUAGAGAAGGGAGAAGAGGAGGAAAGGGAGGAGGCGGCAGAGGUGGUCGAUGAGAAAAAGCAUCUUACCGCCAAACGAGAGAAGCUGGAGAAAGGGCUAAAACAGAAGCCUGUGUCAGUGGUCCAGCCUGCAGAACCCCGGCAACAGCUAGAAGAGACAGAAACAAGCCAUGAACAGGAGCCCAAAGCAGGGACCAAUAAAGUGGCUGUCCAGGAUGAUGUCCCUGGUCUCACAGCGGAGGAUGAUGAUGUGGAUGGAUCUCAGAUGUUGAAGUUGGAGUCUGAAAUCCAAGCUGCUGUGCCACUGCCUCCACCAUCUGAGGAAGAGUUUGUCCCAGAUGACAGCAGUAAACAUUCUGUUCUAGAUGAACACCCCUACGAAGACAAGCUGAACACUAUUGACACCAAAGGAGAGCUGGUGGAGGAGUCCCAGCCACAGGAGACACUAGAGGAGUCCGGGCCAUAUGAAGACCAGUCAGGAUCACAGUAUAUUCAUAAACCAGCAUCAGAACCAGAACCACACACAGAGCCAUCUUCUGAACCCCAGUCCCAGGGAGAACAGGAGUCUGCAGCAGAACCCCAGGCUGAACCUGCAGCCUCAGAAUCAACAGGAAGUGUUUCUGAGCAGCCAGAGGAAAAGCUGAUAGACAAAGUUAAGAAGAAGAAGCCCAAACUGCUGAACAAGUUUGAUAAAACCAUCAAGGCAGAGAUCGAGGCAGCAGACAAGCUACGGAAAAAGGGUAUUGCAGAGGAGGCCGUCAGGGCGUUUGAGGCACUAGUCCAACAGUACCCUCACAGCCCCAGGUGUCGCUAUGGGAAAGCUCAGGCCGAGGAUGAUAUGGCUGAGAAGAAGCGCAGUAAUGAGAUGCUCCAGAAGGCCAUCAACACGUACCGGGAGGCGUCAGAACUGCCCAGCGCCACACCAGACCUCGUCAGAGCCUCGCUCAAGAGGCGUGCUGAGAGACAGCAGUUCCUAGGUCGUAUGCGAGGAGCUCUGGCCACCCUGGAGAAGCUAGUGCAGAUCUUUCCUGAGGAUUUGAGCCUGAAGAAUGACCUGGGGGUGUCUUACCUGCUGCUGGGGGACAACCACAGCGCCCGGAGGGUCUAUGAGGAGGUGUUGGCUGUUGCCCCUGACGAUGGGUUUGCAAAGGUUCACUACGGCUUCAUCCUCAAGUCAGAGAACAAGAUAGCAGAGAGCAUCCCAUACCUGAGGGAGGGACUGGAGUCGGGUGACCCAGGAACAGACGAUGGAAGGUUCUACUUCCAUCUAGGAGAUGCCCUGCAGAGAGUGGGAGACAACAGCGUGAGUUACACUCACAGACACACACACACACUCCCUCCCUCUAUAACUGUGUUGUCCGUCCUCCAGGCCUAUGAGUGGUAUGCGCGAGGCCAUCAGAGGGGUCACUUUGCGUCGGUGUGGCAGAGGUCCCUGUACAACGUGAAGGGCCUGAGGGCACAGCCCUGGUGGACACCACAGGAGACCGGCUACACUGACCUGGUCAAGGCCCUAGAGAAGAACUGGCGUGUGAUCAGGGACGAGGCUCUGUCUGUGAUGGACACAUCCACAGGCCUGUUCCUUCCUGAAGAGGAGAACCUCAGAGAGAAGGGGGAGUGGGGCCAGUUCACACUCUGGCAGCAAGGGAGGAAGGCAGGGGAGGCGUGUCGCAGCGUUCCCAGGACCUGCUCUCUACUGGAGCGCUACUCUGAGGCCACAGGCUGCAAAAGAGGACAGAUCAAGUUCUCUGUGAUGCAACCAGGUACCCAUGUGUGGCCUCAUACUGGUCCUACUAACUGUCGUCUGCGGAUGCACCUGGGGUUAGUCAUCCCCAAGCAGGGCUGCAAAAUCCGCUGCACCAAUGACACCAGGGUUUGGGAGGAGGGGAAGGUGCUCAUCUUUGACGACUCGUUUGAACACGAAGUGUGGCAGGACUCGGACAGCUACAGACUGAUCUUCAUCAUAGACGUGUGGCACCCGGAGCUGAGCCAGCACCAGCGGCAGGUGCUCUCUCCCAUCUAGACACCCGGAAGAGCUCCAGACCUGCACACUGCUACACAAGCAGGCUUCAGGGCCUCUCUGGGUAGGGUGGGACAGGGGCAUCUGGUCACUGUUAGGAUGUCUCACAGUAGAGACUGGGACAUCUGAGGCCUGGAGAGGAGCUCAGAGCCUGAGUGUGUGUGUGUGUGUGUGUGUGUGUAGGGGUGUUUGUGUAGAGCUGUGCAGGUGUGUGGUAGUGUGUGUGUGUGUGGUGGUGUAUGCGUGUGAACCUGCUUCCUGAGACGCAAUGUUGUCAUCCCCUGCUGGACUCACUGUGCUGCCUAGGGGCCAUGCUGGAGAACCUACCUCUUGGUGGAUCAUUUACUGACUGACUGGUUCCUGACUGACUGCUUACUGACUGACUGGUUAGUGGCUGACUGGUUCCUGACUGACUGGUUAGUGGCUUAUUGGUUCCUGACUGAAUGGUUGGUGGCUGACUGGUUAGUGGCUGACUGGUUGGUAACUGACUGGUUGCUGACUGAGUGGUUAGUGGCUGACUGGUUUCUGAGGUAUCAGUAGAUAAUGUUAGCCUGGUUAUACCCAGCGAAAAUAGGGCUUGUUUCUUCCUGAAGCACUGAGUCCAACCUAGGGUACAUCGUCAGAGCUAGCAGGCACCUGCAGAACUGUACAGCCCAUCGAUUCACACCCAUUCAACCCAUAACCCUUGGAUCUUGACCAGGUAGCUGUUAAACACAGCAGCAGAUUUAGGUUGGCCUGUCUAGUUUAGAAGCACCUGUUUAGACUCUCAGUAUGGCCUCUAUACAUUAUGAAUCUUCAAUCCAUUAUGCUAAUUCUCUUUUGACCAUUACCAAUAAUGUGUUUACUGUAAGCUUACUUUGCGUAUAUAAUGCCAAAAUAGACACACAACGUAUUUGUAUGUUGAAGACAAAGUAGAUUAUUCAAUGUGCCUUGGGAGAUGGACCAGAAAGUAGUGCCAUCCCUGUCGUGUCCAGAUCCACUCCCUCACAUCUUCGUCUAUGUGCAGAAAUCCAACCUGUCUCUCAACUCACUGUCCUGUGGGAACUGCUCAGCCUGUCACCUUCCACUGGGUCUGAUGUUUGUGUACAUUUGUAAUUAACCAUGAAUAAUUGCACAUCAACUGUACAGCUUUUUCACUUAAAUAAAACAUUACAAUGUCCAAAA